UGGCUUCCUAUUCUCGUCAACUGCUGGUUUCGUCAAGCGCACCCAGUGCUGUGCGCCAAUCUCGAGAAACUUGUUCAUCUCCCACUCCCGAGCACAGGAAGAGGUGUGGUGCAGCUGGCGAGACGAGACGAUAAGCUCGAGGCCGUUUGGAGAAGAGUUUCUGAGGAAGAAUUGGUGCAUGCAGAGCAUUCCACUCCCGCUUGUGGUGUUCGCGUUCUGGGACCAAUCCCCGCCCUUGGUUUCCAUCCUCGGCCACCACGCUCCCUCUUCGUUCGCAUUCUGCGUUGGUCCUCUCGACUGAUCCCAAACUACCCCUUUCUCUUUCUCGUUCACGUUGGAGCUGGGAGGUCCGAGUUUUCGCCACUGAUAUUUAGCAAGUCCCUUCCGAUUUCUUCUCUCUGUGUAUGAUCCAGUAUUCCACGAAGUCUUCAGCUCCAUUCCGCCUUAGCUCUCUUCGAAACCGUGUCGACUCUGCACAAGCUACCAGCUUCAUCCUACUCAACGUUCUUUGCAUACCCAUUUAAUCGGCGCAUCCCUCGGUCCACACUCAUGGCUCGCUACUCUGCUCUAUCAGUGUUGGUUAUUGCCGUCGUACUCGUUGUGUCCGUCACGGAAGCCGUCCGCGUACCCGACGCCUUCUCCAUUCUCCGCUCGCCAGCGGACGAUGUGGAAUCUUCGGAGGGAGAGAAUGCCAUGAUUCUUGACGGCGGCGAGAGCGAGAUUCUGGAAUUAAGCCUGGAAAGCGUCUUCAAGGUGCCGCAUGCCGUUUCUGAAGAAUCCUCAGAAGUGAUUCUAGACGGCGGGUUGGAGGAAGAAGUGGCGGCGUCGGCCCGCGCUGCCAUGAUUCGUUCACGGAGCGGCUGGGAGGAUCUGGUCCGUGCUAUCGAGGAGAACGACAACCAGCGUGACUCCGCCGACGUACAAAUUGCGAUCAGCCAGUGGCUAGCGAAACACCCGAAAUUUGAAGUAACUUCGCUCUUCGACGAUGACAGCGGCGAAGUGUUCGUCGAGGUGGACGACGAGGAAGGGGUGUGAGUAAAGCUCUUGACGAGUUUCAGGGGGGCUCGACGUUUCGUCUGGAAAUGGGCGAAUCGUGAUGGAUAGAGAAACGACGCUGAAGUAUUUGGAAGUUGUGCUCUCUUCUCUCACUCUCGCCGUGACAGUGAGUUCAUAAAAUGGACGUAGCUCAAGACGGCCAAGACUUUGGCCCUACUAGUAGCAGGUCACCUUGUUUGCCUGCAAGUUAUAUGUGCCUCAUCUUGAGGCUUUUGCAUGCCAAUUGUAAAUGUUGUGAGAUUAGAUGCUGCCAGCAUCUUUUCCAGACCACUUCAAUUUCGCCCUAGACCACUCUUCAAUUAGAUGGAGGCCUGAGUACAAAAGCAAUUUGGGGUUCAGUUUGAGAUCUACUCAUUACGCCACCUUCAGAGAAUGUAUU